UCGUUUCCUUCCACUUGCAUUUUUUUUUCCCGCAACAAACAAGUGUGUGAGUCUGCGGGACCCACGGCGGGAGUUUUUCUUUUUCACAGCCAAAAUGACGAAACGAGCUUGUCCUUUCCCGGAAACCUUUUCCUCCCAGUACAAAAUACACAUCGGGCAGCAGGAGCUGAAUAACUACGGAGUGUUUGGGAACAAAUAUAGGCAAGAAAUCUACGAAAAGACAAAGAACCUGCUCUUCACCGGUGCCAAGGCUGUGAUGGGCACAAUAUGGACCGGAGAGGAGAGGCCCACCGGACAAGCUGAGACACCUGCAUGCAGCCAGGCACUGCUGAGAGGACAGACACUGAUAGGACACGACGGGAGACUGACGAGAGCGACCGCUGCACAAGGUGCGACAGUGGCUCAGACAGGCUGCUGCGUUUGUCAGAAGAGCCAGGGGUCCAGGACACCGUGCUCCCAAUGUGACCGUCUAGCCUGUUCCUCCUGUACCCGACAGUGCUCCAGCUGCUCCAACUUCUGCUGCUCUGUCUGCACCAUCAUAGAUUACAGUGGGCCAUAUGAAGAAGUACUGUGCUGCAGUUGCUCAACGUAAAAGACCGAAGGAGAGCUCAGGAGUUUAUGUCGUCACCUCACAUGAAAUAUUACUAAGACUGCAUUUUACACCUGUGAUAUUUUUUUAAUGUUUUCUUGUAUAUAUGUAUUGCAUUCCUGAAAUAAGUAACUGAAAUAAACUUGAACACAUUUGUAUACAGUUAAA